ACCAACACACCAGUUUCUAUCUCCGCUUGCAUCGCAUCCUGGGAGACUCAUAUAGACUUGCAUCCCCCUCCUCCCUCACCUCACGUGAUGAUGGCGAUCAAAAGAGCGUUGGCUAUCCCGCUCGCAUGCAGACCUGCUGCCUCCAUGUUAUCACCCGUUUUGUACCAACCCAUUAAACUCCAGGGUUUGAUGGCUAUUCGUGGUCUCAGUUCCACCCAGACCAUUUUUGUGGGCCGUGCCACCACCGGCACGGCUCGGCGCUUCUACAGCGUCAUUUCUGAGGAAUGCAAGGCCAAGUUGUAUAACUAUCCGCAAAUCAAGAAAUUGACUCAAGCCCCCAAUCCUGAUUCCAUAAUUGUGGAUGUCAGAGAGCCUGUGGAAUACGAAGAAGGACAUAUUCCAGGAGCCAUAAAUAUUCCGUUCAAGUCGAGCCCGGGGGCUUUGGGAUUGAAUGCCGAAGAAUUUGAAGAGAAUUUUGGAUUUAAGAAACCAGACGCUGACAAGGAAUUGAUUUUCUACUGUUUGGCCGGAAUCCGGUCCACUGCCGCCGAGGAUUUGGCCAAGACGUUUGGAUAUAAAAAGAGAGGAAAUUACGUUGGUUCGUACGAAGACUGGGUUGCCAACGAAAUCAAGAAAGAUACGGUCCCUGCUACUUCCGUUUAAUAGAGUGUUAAUUGUUACGACCUUGUCAAUAGUGUCCGUUGUUUCUAUCUACAAACCAUCUG